AUAUGUGCAUUUAUUUUAUCCGAUUAUUUCAACACAAUUCUAGAGCGUUUAGAGAGAACGCAGCCUUUUCCCUGAGGCUUGUCCUUCAGGCGAAGUCGUAGCUCUUUUAAACGCUGCACAACAUAGACACAAGAGCGUUGUUUAUAUUUAGGAUUUCAAAUGAAUAAGAAAAAUGUGAGUCCGUUUUCUUUACCCAGUCACACUGAAUAAUAUGCAGGAGGGAGCAGAGGGGGUCCGUCUGUCUGCCUGACAGUCUUAACGCGGGGCAAAAAUUGAUUCGUUAGCUGGACUUUUGUUGUCAUGACUACGUGUGGCUAACAGUUGGUAGAUAGUGGAUACAAAUCGUCAUAAUGGCAUCGUUGCGCAUGCUAAAUUAUUUUUGUUAAAAUCAGUAUGCCGAAAAAAUGUCCAAAAUGCUAAAAAAUUUAAAUAACUUGGGAGCAAUUUUAGUUCAGUUAAGGUAAUGUAAGAGUUUUCUAACUUCCUUAGCAAAUACUUAAAUACUAUAGGUUUGCUCUUAAUUUGUUCGACUGAAGCUAAAUGUUUAAUUGGAUCUAUUUACUGUUUAUUGCAUUAUGACCAAAGUAGUUAAAUGUCACAUAGAUUGUAAACAUUCCUCUAACAGAAGACAUGAGUUUAGCUACAUCAGCCACUAUGUAAGAGAACUAGAUUAGUUGAGGUUGAAGUCCUGAUUCUCCACAUCACAUUUAAACCACAGGUUCAGGAUGAUUUGAGAGAACUCAGAUAUAGCUUUCAGAAAAUCACUGUCAGUGACAGAGCAACAACACUGGACAUUCAAGCCCUGGACAAUGUCAUCACCAAGGCAGAGAGAAAUAUCAGGAGACGCACAGAGGAUUAUUUCAAAGCAUUAACUGCACAGGUGCGGGUUCUUCCAAGUAUUGAAGGCACACAGAAAAUGUCUGAGCAGAUUCCCAGAUGGAAACCUGUUCAGGACUGUCUCCAAGACGUGCAUCUACAAGGAGAUCUGCGAUACACUGUACCGAGGAAAAAGCCCAAGCCGACAUUAUCCAUGCGCUUGCUGUGCAGUCCUGCUCACCCAAAGCACAGAGCUAUAAUGUACCAGAAAUGUGAGAUAUUGCUCCCUGAUGUCCACAAAAAGGGCACAAAUGCAGCAAAACACCACAGAACAAUCACUGGCCCUGCUAAGAAAAUGAAAGCCUCUGGGCCAAGGAGCCAUCACAACGUGUAUAUAACUGAGGAGGACAAAGGGACAGGUUUGAAGUCUGGACAUGAUAAGCAGCUGAAAUGUGAAAUAGUACCGAUCUCCAUGAGCCAAAAAACAGGUAGCACAUGCGCAUUAUUCUUGACCCCCAAGACACCGCCUCCCACCACAACUUUAAAGAGCAUGGACCAUGGUAGUGUGAUGCAAGUCAGCACUGUGAUACGUGAAUAUUCUCAGAUCACACCUGUGCCGGUUCGUGUAAACAUCAGUAAAUACCAAUUUACCAUCACAAAUGGAAGGAUCAACCCAGUGGCAGCUGAUUUCUGUCACUUCAAGCAGAGCUUCAGCUUGUGCUGGGGUAGCGUGGUGUACGCUCUUCAGGCAUUAGAAAAGCUGCUCCGAGACUUUGCAGUGCCUCGAGCCAAAGUGAGUGGGGAACGGCUGGUGGAGUUUGCUCAAGGCUGGGACUGUCAUUGGAGAAAUGCUCGGCCAGUGAUCAACCUCCUCUCCGUUCUUGAAAACUGGGAGGAAGUAUUGGGUCUAGUCUUAAUCCCAGGUCAGCGCUACAAGGGAGAAGGUGGCACCGAGGCAGCUGCCAUUCACAUCCAAUCCUGCUGGAGGGGCUAUACAGCCCGGACAGCCUACCUGCACCACCGUCGACGCAGGUGGGCAGCAGGGACCAUUGCCAUCUCAUGGCUGAUGCACACUCAGAUGCUCCAUGUCAGGAAGGCCCUGCAGGCUCGGCGUUGUAGACAGAUGGAGAAUUACCGCAGCAGGGCCCAGGAUCUGGCAGCCAACUGGAAACACAUCCAGUCCUCCAAGAGAAUCAUUAUCCACAUCCCUUCAUUAGGAUACGCUCAGAGUCAGCGACUGAACAUGAGGGGGCUUGACAUCCACCACAACGUCCAAAUGAACAGGCUGUGUGAUAUUAGAGAUAAAAACGUGGAGGUGAUCUACAUAUGUCCCCAACAUCUGGGGGAGGACAUCUUGCAGUAUUACAGCAGCCUCUUGCAGCGUGACAAGGCUGAUAACAGAGCAACUGAGGCCUCUCCUUGUGUCAGGCCCUUUGUUGUCCUCACACCUGAUGCCAUAGAUUAUUUUCCGGACCGUAACAUGUGCCUGUCUACGCUCCUAAAGUACAGUCCACGCACCCUAAAGCGCAUAAGGAAUCUGAUCCAGGGGAAGCAAGCUUAUAUUGUGGGUGGAGUUGCCCAUGUGGACGACUUAGCAGUGGCUGAUGAGCUGGGUGUGUCAAUCUUGGGGCCAGAACCAGCUGUUGCACAGCUCUACAGCACCAAGUCUGGAGGGCGGAGGAUCUUCACUGUGGCAGAUGUUGAUGUACCCCCUGGUCAGGGAGGCGUCUACACAUUAAACCAGUUUCAAAUGCUGCUGGCUGAGCUCAUGACCCAAAACUUAGAUGUGCAGCGAUGGCUCUUCAAGAUCGACUCCGAGCACAGUGGCCGUGGUACAGCCUAUUGUGAUGUACGCCAUCUCAGCUGCUAUAAGUGGGCCCUGCAAGAAUACCAUCGCUGUGGUCCUGAGCUAUGGAAUGCAAAAUGGAUUCAGGAGUCUGUGCUGCUCAGAUAUUUAGAUGAGAUCCCUCAGUGGCUGACCCGUUACGCCCGGCCUGUUAAAACCUCCUGCUAUCCCAACUGGACCUGCUUCCUUAAGACCUUCCUCGGGCAAGGCGGUGUGGUGGAGGCCUACCCCCCUUCAGACAGCGUCUCCUGUCUGACAGUAGAUCUGCUGGUGGAGCCUGGGGGUGAGGUGACCGUGCUGUCCUGUGGAGACCAGCUUCAUGGCACCUGUCAACUCGAAGCUGUAGGUUCCACUGUUCCUCAGACCUGUGUACACCCAGAGACCGUGCACUCCAUCUGCAUGCGUGUGGGCCAGGCCUGUCUGCAAUGCCGUAUUGUAGGUUAUGUCUCUGUGGACCUGGCUACCUUUUUGAACCACGACACCAUGGAGCAGAAGGUAUGGGCUAUUGAUCUGGACCUCAGAUACAGUGACCAACUGGCCAUGACCCAGAUGCUUCUGAUGAUGACUGGAGGAACGCUGAAUUGCCGCGCAGGCUGUUUAGAAGUGCCAAUGCAAAUCAGAGGGAAACAGUGUCAACAGCAGAUUGCAGACAAACGUCCUGCGGUUCAUCGUUUUGCUGUUCUUGGCAGCCACUUGUUUCACUCCAGCCUCUCUAUGUUGUACCACCAUGUGUUCUUUAAGAUGUGCAAGGUUCAUGGUAUUGGAUUUAACAUUCAGAGGAAGCAAGGCUCUGUGUUUGCUCUUUAUGACAGCGGUGACCGAUGCAACAUUGGAAUGAUAACGGUCUCUGAAGAUCUCCAGGGAGCUCUAGUGACCUUUGCUCGGAAUCUGUCCGUCAUUCAUCGGGAAAUAUCAUCAUCUAAAAUGCAAGAAGAGACCAAUUUCAAGGUGCUGAUCAAGAACAUAGAGGAUUUACUGCAGAGGAUUGGUCAAAGGAAGUUGCAAGCAGUGAAGGAUAAACCCGCUGCUGACUGUGUGUUUGCCAACUUUGACGUCACAUCAUUAUAAAUAUGUGAACCCCAGAGAAUUCUUUUCAUGACAGAUUGUUACAAAACUAAAUAUUUCUAUUCAUUAAUACUGAAAAACAACUUAAUUAUGCUGUUGGUAAUACCACUUGGGAAUGAGUAGAAAUAUUAAUACAAUAACAGCAUUUUUGUUUUUUAUCUUGCAUUGUACUGUAUCUUGAAUUUGUGCUCAUAGUACGACUGUAUAUGACUGUGUAGUAUGAUGGUGGCACAAGUCAGAGUCCUGCUGUAAUAUUUUGAUAGAAAUAAGCUAUGGUUAUACUAUAAAAAGUGAGGCCAGCAAAAAUAAAAAAAUUCUUCUUUUGGGCAUUAGUUUAAAAUGUGUUUAAUUUCUUUUGAAAUAUAAUAAAGUGCUUUCUGACAUACA